GCUGCUGACUGAGAGCCAGUCAGACUGCAGCAGCCGGAGAGGCUCAGCGACAGACAGACGGACAGUUGACUGCACCAGAGCAACAUUCCUACAUUACAUGCCCUGUUUUAUUUAAACUUUCACAACGACUUUCUGGGCCACCGUUAGCUUGUUCGGUGCUUUGGCACGCCGGGUUGGAGGCUGCUACAGGAAUAUGUUCAGGAACACACAAGUUUUUCUCACUCUUUAAGAACUGAGAAGAGUUUUUACACAACUUGGACAUUUUUCUAACUCCAGCAAACUUUUCUUUACUUUGUCGUCGGCGUGGACAUGGCUUGGAGUACAUUUGGCCUCUUGCUUUUCCUCGGUCUGGUUCUCUCUCCGGUCCGUGUGUCAGCAGAGCGGCAGCAGACUCAGAGCGGCUUCAGGAGGCUGUAUGUGCUGCAGCCCGGGCCGGGGCCGGGGUCGGCCCGAGCGGACGGUGCAGUUCGAGUCAGCUCCAUCUCGACGCGGCAUGGCCCGGACAGGCAGCCGCACACAUACAACGUAGAGCUCACCGCAAACUUCGGAGGGCCGGUCCGGACCCGCAGGAUGGGGAACCAAGCGGCCACAGUCCCGCAGCAGCAAGCGGCCGUGAGGCAGAGCGAGCAGGAGCAGCUCAUGAAGCUGUCCGGGGUGAAUGUCUGUGGAGGGCAGUGCUGUCAUGGAUGGAGUAAAGCUCAGGGAUCACAGCGGUGCACAAAGCCCAACUGUAUCCCUCAGUGCCUGAAUGGAGGAAUGUGCCUCAGGCCUCAACUCUGCGUCUGCAAACCUGGCUCAAAGGGGAAGGCAUGCGAACAGAAGACAGUGCCCACACACCCCUAUCCGGCAGUGCCUGGGAAUGGACCAACCAACGGGCAUAACCCAGGUCACACAAAUGGUCACACUACUGGUCACACUAAUGGACACAAUGUGGUUCCCCAGCGGCCCAUUCCUCAGCAAGUGUCUCCCAAUGGUUAUGGCUCUGUACCCUCUUCAGCAACCAACAUGGCCCAGAUGAAAGUAACUGUCAAGGCAGCACCACAGUUUGUGCGACCCCAUUACAUUCAACAGCACAUCACACAACAGAUCCGGCCCAUUCCCAUACACCCAGGUCAGAACCAGCAGUAUGUUUUAAAGCCCAAAUACUACCACACACACUCCACGCACACACAGACGCACGUCCAGCCUGAGAGGCCGAUCCCCCUAACAGUCGGACACAAUCCCAUCAAUGUGGGCAACCAUACAGGAAGGAUAAAGGUGGUCUUCACACCCACCAUCUGCAAACUGACCUGUAUAGGGGGCCGAUGCCACAACAACUGUGAGCUGGGAAACACUACCACCAUCAUCAGUGAAAACGGCCAUGCCACAGACACCCUGACAGCACCCAACUUCAGAGUAGUGGUGUGUCACCUGCCUUGUAUGAAUGGUGGCAAGUGCAGCACCAGGGACAAGUGCCAGUGCCCUCCAAACUUUACAGGAAAGUUCUGCCAGAUGCCAGUCCAGAACGGACACCAGCAGGCAUCAGGAGGCUUCAGCCAAACUCAGGUCCACUCCACACACACUCUGCCUCUGACGUACAGCAACGGCCAAACUCCCGUGUUCAGCCCGAGCAUAGUCAACAUCCACAUCAAACACCCUCCAGAGGCCUCUGUUCAGGUGCACCAGGUGUCUCAGCUGGACAAUUACCACAACAACGGGCACCAGCCAAAAGGCUCCCAGGCGGGCUCCUCUUCGUCCACCAGCUAUAGCUACCAUCACACUGAGAGCAGCCAGCAUCACGGCUACAACAUCGUCUAUCCUAGCCAGCAUGGCUACCAGGGUCCUCAGUACCAGCCCGUCACCUCAAAGAACACGCUGGGUCGCUGCUUUCAGGAGACGGCAGGCAGUCAGUGUGGGAAGGCUCUACCAGGUCUCACUAAGCAGGAGCAGUGCUGUGGGACCAUUGGGACCUCCUGGGGGUUCCACAAAUGCCAGAAGUGUCCAAAGAAACCAUCUAUCCCCCUGAUAGAUUGUCCCCAUGGCUACAAGAGAAUCAACAGUUCUCAUUGCCAAGAUUUGGAUGAAUGCCAGUUGCAGGGCGCGUGUCCUAAUGGAAACUGUCUGAACACUGUGGGCAGUUACAGGUGCAUGUGUAAACCUGGCUAUGUACCUGACCCCACGCUCACCAAAUGCAUAUCCAACACGCCUGCCGUCCAAGAGGAGAAGGGGGCUUGCUUCCGUUUGGUCAGCUCAGGGAGGCAGUGUUUGCACCCAGUGUCUGCCCAGCUGAGCAAACAGCUCUGCUGCUGCAGUGUGGGCAAAGCCUGGGGCCCUCGUUGUGACAAAUGCCCCCCUCCAGGAACAGCUAAAUUCAAAGAAAUUUGUCCUGGUGGAAUGGGAUACACUGUUCUGCCAAAUCCUCCGGUACAAAAGCCAGUGACUGUUUACCAGGAGCCCACUCACCUGUUACCCCCACAACCUCUGCCGACCCCAGAGAGACCGGUGGAGGCUUUUGGAGAGCCAGAACAUACUAUUCCAGUAGCAACAACUGCACCAGAUCAGGAGCUGACAGUGCCUGUGGUUAGCAAUAGGCCAGUAGUUGAACCUAUCCUGCCCCAGCUAUCUCCAGGUGUGUCCACUGUCAAGAUGGAGGCUGCCUACCCAGAGGUUGUUGAGAGGACCUCUCCUCCUGCGCCAGUGGAGAUCCUCCCAUCCAACGCCGGCCAGGACAUCGCUCCCACCCAGUCAGCUGAGGUGGAUGAGUGCCAGAUCAACCCUUAUAUUUGUGGCCAGGGGAUUUGCUACAACACCGCUGAGAGCUACACCUGCCACUGUGAUGAGGGAUACCGCCUGGAUGACACCCAAACCACCUGUGUAGAUAUUGAUGAAUGUGAAAGCAGGACAGUGUGUCCUUCUGGUAUCUGCUUCAACAUACCAGGGAGUUACAACUGUGGCUCCUGUCCUGACGGCUUUAUAGGACAAGGAGGCCAGUGUGAAGAUAUAGAUGAGUGCCAGGAUCAGCAAGUGUGCACCAGAGGCCACUGCCAGAACACUGAAGGCUCCUUCAUCUGUCAUUGUGGGCCAGGCUUCAGAGCGUCAUCAACUGGAGAUGAAUGUGACGAUGUGGAUGAAUGUGUAGAGGAAGCCAGACCAUGUCAGCCUGUAGGGGAGUGUGCCAACAACAUGGGCUCCUACACCUGUACCUGCCCCCAGGGGUACCGACAGAUCAACGGCGUCAGCUGCAGAGAUGUUGAUGAGUGCAUGGAGGAAGCAGAGCUCUGUUCCCCCCACGGCAAGUGCCACAACACUGACGGAUCCUAUCAGUGUGUGUGUGACAGUGGAUUCACUGUCAACCUCGACACGCCCUCCUGUGAAGAUAUUGAUGAGUGCGGCCUCAAUGAGACACUGUGUGGCCCUCAUGGCUUCUGUGAGAACAGACUGGGUUCGUUCCAAUGCCUCUGUGACCAGGGCUACCAGGAGUCCCAGGAUGGCCAGAGCUGUGUGGAUGUGAAUGAGUGUGAGCUGCUCAGCAGUGUGUGUGGAGAGGCCCAGUGCAUGAACGUGGAUGGUUCCUUCUUCUGCGUGUGUCCCAGCGGUCAAGAAUACAACGUCAUGAAUGCCAAGUGUGAGCCCGUUCCCACAGCAUCAUCAGUGGAGCGGAAAGAGUGCUACUACCAUCUGAACGAUGAGAACCUGUGUGAGAGUGUGCUGACCAGCCAUGUCACACUGCAGGAGUGUUGCUGCACUCUGGGAGCUGGCUGGGGGGACAACUGUGAGGUGCAUCCUUGCCCUGUCAAUGGUACAGAUCAGUUUAACGAGAUGUGUCCAUCUGGAAGAGGUUUUAUUCCCAGUGGAGACUUGCUAUAUGGAGUACCUACACCUGACAGCUACAAAGAUGCUGAUGAAUGUACACUGUUUGGUCAGGAAGUGUGUAAAGGAGGCUUCUGUCUGAAUACUGAGGGAGGCUACGAGUGUUACUGCAAGACUGGACAGGACUAUGACCCUGCAAAACUGGAAUGCAAAGGUCAAGACAUAGAUGAGUGUCUAGAUGAGUCAGUGUGUGUUGGUGGUCAGUGUCUCAACACGGAUGGCUCAUACAUGUGUUUCUGUACACAUCCCAUGGUGUUGGACCCCAGCAGUAACCGCUGUGUCUUCAUUCCUGAUGUGGCCGAGCAACAUGAGACCAAGCAGAUCGAAUAUCUGGGUAUCUGCUGGCAGACGUUGACAGAAAAUAUGAUGUGCGUCCGACCGCUGGGCAACAACAGGAAGACCACCUACACAGAGUGCUGCUGCCUGUAUGGAGAGGCCUGGGGCAUGGACUGUGCCCUGUGUCCCAACAGGAACACCGAUGACUAUGCGUCCAUGUGUAACCUUCCCAUGGGUGGCGGGCGCCGGCCGUACGGUCAUGAUGCACUAGUUGCCAGUCCGGUUCACGAAUAUGAAGUGAGUCCAGACUAUUCACCAUCACCUGAGCAGCAGCCGGCCCUACCCUUUUAUGAAAACGAAGAACAUCCAUACAAGGCAUUCGAGGGUUUGAGAGCAGAGGAGUGUGGGAUACUGAACGGCUGUGAGAACGGCCGGUGUGUCCGGGUUCAGGAGGGUUACACCUGUGACUGCUUUGAUGGAUACACCCUUGAUCUGUCCCGCAUGGCCUGCAUUGAUGUGAACGAGUGUUCAGAACUGAACAACCGGAUGUCGUUGUGUAGAAAUGCAAAGUGCAUCAACACAGUGGGCUCCUAUCAGUGUGUGUGUCUGCCAGGCUUCAAGGCCUCAGACAAGCCCAACUACUGUGUGGAGGCAGAAACACAGCAGACAUCCACACGCACACAGUGAGCAUGGACGGACACUGGGGGGCGACAAGAGACACCAAAACCACACGCACAAGCCUGUAUUACUAUACUUGUGAGGACGUCCACUGACUGCACUUGGUCACUGCCCGAUCCUCAGCAGCAGCCCUAAAGCUGGACUCCCUGCUGCGGUUCUAGUAUCCAGUAGCACUCACAAACCCAUCAGCUGACCAUCAGCAGUGAUCCAGAAGUCAGGGAGGAUACCAUUUUUGCCCAAAAUUUAAAUAUAACCUCCACAAGCUUAACCAUGACAUGAAUAUUAACCUAAUCUUGAUUGUAAUGUUACUCCUUAAUUUAAAAAUUGUCCAAAUUCUUAACUGUUCUGUCAUUUUCACUCAUUUCUGCUUGACAUCAGCAUGGAUUGUUUACAGCACUCUGAUAAUCCUUUCUUCAUCCAAGAGCUUCUCCAAAGUGAAUAUUUUAAUAUAAAGCUUUCCUAAAUUUUAUAAAUAAGAACUAUAAAUGUUGGGUUAAUAUUGUAGUAAAAAUAAAAUGAUAGUUUUUUUAAAUGAGUUUUGUACCAACGCUGUUACUUUCUGAAAAUGUCAAAUUGAUCCUUUAGCUAGAACGGAUCAUAACUGGCACUAAAAAGGAUCCUAAUUGUUUAUUGAAAAAUGAGUUUGAGAAACAAAAUGUAAAAAUAUGAGGAGAAGACUAAAGAAAGUCUUGUUUUUCUUGGUUCAUCUUGGAGGAACAUUUACUCUUCCUGCGUCGUGUUGAGCUGACUUUUAGCACUUACUGAAUAUUAGUGAUACUAUCAAGUUUGUUGUUUGAACCUUCUUUGAAUUAUAAGCACCACUGCAGUAUUGUUGAAAGGACUCCUCAUUAUUGUAUUUCUGUUCAAUCUGUGCUCCGAUCUCAUAAACCGUAGCGUUGCAUUUUGGGAAUAUCAUUAAUGCAUUUGAAGAACUCCAACAUGGCAUUUAUAUAACACAUGGUAAUUGCUUUCUGGCCAAAAAGAUUUUCUAGUGUCCUUGUGCACAUAAGAUCCCCCUUUCCUGGCCGUAGGAUGGUUUAACAGCCCAGUUGAUUUCAAAGGAAACAUUUUAAAGAAUGUGAUUAGAUCUUUCCUGCAAAUGUGUUUUACAGAUGUGUCUGUUGUGACUCUAUGGUUCAUACAAACUUUCCACUUUUAUUGUAGAGAUUUGGGGAAAUGAGCGCAAAAAUAAUGUGUAUCGGGGUAAAAAUCGUGAGCUACCUGCAGUGUCCCAAAACCUGAUUUCUGCAUGAAUCCUCUUAAAUAUUUGCCACCUGGAACAGCUUUCCUGCUCGCUGCUUUAGGGAUCUCCAGUUGAGGUAACUUGAUAGCUGACCUACUCACUGGCACGUGUGGAUGAAUGGAUGCAGCACUUUUUAUUUGUGUUUCCACAGCGGGACUUUUGCCCCAGAAGAUAAAGAAAUGUGUGUGACAAUUCUGUGGAAAAUACAUACUUGACCAAUCAGUGACAUUCAGCACUACUGUAAACCCCGUCACCGUCGCAGCUGUCAUGUCCUACAUCACAAAUGAAACAGAUUCCUCACUGCCGGGGAAAGUUCCUGCAGUGGAAACACAAAAUAGUGUAGUAGAUAAUGAGCAAGGAGAUGUUAACACACAUCCAGUGAGUCUGCAAUCAAAUACAUCGAUGGUGCUAUAUGCUACAAUGUUCUUACACUUCAUCCUGAGAGGGGGUUUAAUGUUUGAUUGGGAAAACCACUCAAAAAGUGAGAACCUUGUAGUGGUGCUACAGGACAAGGUACGGGAUCACUAGCACUAGCUUUGCUGGCUGUACCUCAUUUGAAUCAUGCUAUAGGGGGGGGAAUGAUCUGGCUUGUUUAUAUUUAGAAAAAUCAAAUGGCCGUGGGCAGGGCUGGGCAGAAGAGUGACAGGGUGGAACAUUUACCAGCAAGGAGGCAUGUACUGUCAUUAAAAUGGCUAAUUCACUGACAAAAACAAGCAGACCUGCUUCACUGCAUGAUCCAAAAUCUUAAUUUGUUCUUUGUAUAGACUGCUGCUUUGGCGUUGCUUUUGUUUUUUGAAUUGUAGGGGAUCUGAAAAUUGUAGCAUCCAGAGAGCAGAAGUGGAAGAGAAAGCCAUGUGACAUGAGCAGAGGAAAUGUCAGGCUUGUACCCAAAGUCUACACUCUGUGAAUCAGAGGGAUCACCAAAGUCAGCACACUGCAAAAGCUCAAAAUCUUACCAAGUCUAUUUCUUUUAUUUUUAGUCCAAAUGUCUCAUCCCACUUGAUUUAAGAUAAAUUCAUUGAACAAGUGACAUUUCAGCAGAUGGAGGGGCUUGUUUUAAGACAUUGCAUUUUGAGUUUCUUGUUAAGUCGAACAAUCUUGAAAUGAUCUUGUUUUGAGUUGUAUUUUACAAGAAAACUCAAAAUAAGUUUAACCCUCCUGUCAUCCUGCAGGUCAAAUUAACCCGUUUUAAAGUUUGAAAAUGUGGGGGGAAAUAUAUAGAUAUUUUCACUAUGAAACUUUUGAUGUCCACAUUUUCAACAUUUUUGGGAAAUCUUUCAACGUUUUUUGGUGGGGAAAAAAAAGAAAUGUUAGAAAUGUUUCUUUAAGAACAUUUACAUAAAAAUCAACCAAAAUCCAACAAAUUGACUUUUUUGUGAAUGUUAAGAAAAUAUCAGAACUUUUAAGGGAAAUUUUUACGGUAUUAUUGGAAUUUUCUUCCUAAAGGUUUUUGCAAAUUUUCACAAAUUUGGGGGAUGUUUUGCAGAUUUUUGGGGAUUUUUUUUCAGACAAGGAAACAAUAUUUUUUUGUUGCCCGUAAAUGAGGACAACAGGAGAGUUAAUACAUCUUAAAUUAGGAGGUUACAUGAAAGCAAAAAUCAAUUUUUGAGUGAAAAACAUUUUUUUUAAAUUUUGGCUUAUUUUAAGACACCUAAGCUUGACAAUCCUAGUAAAACAUAGCUUAAAAUAAGUUUUCCCAGCUAAUUUUAGGAUCUCAAUAUUCUUAAUAUAAUAUCUUAUUUCAAGAAAUCUUACCAAGCCAUUUUUCACUUCUUCUAUUGGAAGAUUGUUUCACUUAUUCACGGUAAACGUUCCUUGAAAUAAGUUUUUUUUUCUUGUUUUGAGAGGGGCUUUUUUUUUUUCCUGUGUCGGAUCAUAAUCUGGAGAAAUCUUUGAAUUUUUUUUUUAGUAAUUUAUUCUAUAGCUAAAAUAUUUCCAAAGCAAACUGGACCAAAGUAAUGGGCUGACCAGCCAAUACUUCCAUCAUUAGAGCAGCGCUGCUAGCAUAGCUAACACAUUUAGGUAUCACUGCCUUAAUGAAUCCUUAGUGAAUUUAUAGCGACAUAUUUAUUAUGCUAUCUGAGUUAUUAAUCUAUCAUUUCUCUUUGUAUAAGAUGUAUUGUCAAAAUGAAUAAUCCUGUUUGAAAUCUCUCAUUUGAUGGGGAUCCAGCUGAGUCAGUACUGAGUUACUAACACUGAGGGGUUGAUUAAUGCUGAGUUGAGCCCCAACAGCUCUGACAACCUGAGAGAAGUGCAGAUCAGUCGGCAUGUCUUCAGUAAAAUGUUUUUGAUCCCUGAGAGGACACUCGGUCCUUAAAAGUAUAGAAAUACAGAACUUACAGACACAAAAACACACAUACACACGCACAAACUCACACACGUACUUAAUCAAAGCCCAUAUAUUCUGCACUGUAUAAGAUACACACUAAAUGAAACAAACAUUAAUUUACUUGAGAUGAAGAUUCACCUUAAUCUAUGUGGUGCCUAUGUGGGGGAUAGAAACACAAUUGUAUAAAAUGUAUGUUUUGUUUGUUGCUUUUCUAAGUUUCUUUGUCAUUAUGUUUUCAAGUGGAGUUUUAUUUGUGUCAUAAGAGGCCUUUUUUUUGUUUUGUUUUUGCUCAUUUAACAAAUUGACAAACCCUAUGGACUCGUGCUGGGGGAUCCAGUUGUAUUUUGAACCCAGUCAAACUGAUUGUGGAUAUUUAAUUCUGUGAAGAGGCCAGCUGUCUGCUCCCUCACCUCCUCCAUCGCCAUCCCUCCGUCGUUUCUACGCCACAUCGUCACCAUAUCGUGUGAUAUGCACGUUUCAUUUCAUUCAAGAAAAAUGCUAAUAGUGAGUCUUCAGGAUAAGCUUAGAUGGGGUUUUGUCUUUGUUUUGUCAAUCAGAGAACUACUUGAGUGGAACACAAGACGAAGCCAAGCUUUAUGUUUCUGUUAAAGAGCUAAAAGACUGUUUGUUACCUGGUAUUCCUCCCCUCCAUGCUUUGAAGGGACUGAAAUGAAUUGUUUUAUUUUUCCUACUUCUCUUAUCUGUGUUUCACUGCAAAGUCUUGCCAGGUUGCAAAGCUGCUAUGGGACAGCGAUGGGAGAGAAGAACCUUGUGUACAUUUAAACAACGGAGUGGAGAAAACAGCUGAUGUAUUUGUAAUUUGUACAUGAAUAAAUAGCUUUUUCUAUGAAUUCAUAUCACAAUGUACAUUAAACCCCUUGGUAAUAAACCACAGAUUGUGAUAUUUAACUUCA